AUGAAGGUGGCCCCCGCCGCAGCCCCCGGCCCCUCGGCCGGCCCCGGCUGCGUGCUGAAGGGCGUGCGCCUGGGCGGCGGGGCGGGCGAGCCGCUGCCGCGCUGCGUGUCGGAGCAGAGCGUGUCGCUGUCGCGGGCGGGCAGCCCGCCGCCCCCGCGGGGCUUGCCGCUGGGCCCGGAGCAGGCGGCCGCCGCCGCCUCGCUGCUGAUGGACAUGAAGGGCUGCUACUCGCGGCUGGCCGCCCUGGUGCCCACCCUGCCCCGCCACCGGCGCGUCUCCAAGGUGGAGAUCCUCCAGCACGUCAUCGACUACAUCUGGGACCUGCAGCUGGAGCUGCAGCACCCGCUGGGCGCCGCGCCCGCCCCGCCCAGGGGCGGCCCGGAGGCGGCCGGAGCCGGGCCCGAGGCUGCCUGUGUGAACCCUGAUGACCGAAUCCUGUGUCGCUAA